AUGAGCAAACAACAGCAAGAUGAUCAACCUGUCGGAAGUGUCAACAGUGAAGAUGAGCAACUUUUGCAGGCAGCAAUCGAUGGAAAUUUAGACAAUAUGAAAAAGGCCUUGCAUAAUGGAGCCAAUGCUGGGUAUAACAAGUACAUUGAACUCACUUGGGGAGCCUAUGAUCAAUAUUCUGCGAUUCAUAAAGUUUUGGGCUGGAAAGACAAAUCCCUCAAACAACAAGGAGUUGAAUUGUUGCUUAAGGCUGGAGCCGAUGUCAAUGCAAAAUAUGGAAGUGCUAACUGGAAAGGAUCAGGCUCUUCGGGUACAGCAUUUCAAAUGGCUAUGAAAAGUGGUGAUGACGAAAUUAUUCGCUUGUUUUUAGAACAUGGAGCAGAUCCCAACACCACAGAGACUCGUGAAGCUCAUACUAUGAGAUAUGAUGGAAGAAGUUCUUAUCCAGUUCUGUAUUUGGCAGCUCAGAGAAACAACGUGAAUCUCGUCAAAUGCUUGUUAGAUAAGGGUGCUCUUCCCAACGCUCAUGCCACCAAUAGAGGCCAAUCAGAGUAUGGUCCCAUCGAUGACACUGAAGAAAUAGCUCUCCAUGCAGCGUGUGACAAUUAUUGCUCACUCGUCGCCAAUAAGUCGAAUUCCAAUUUUUAUGUUGACAGUGAUGAGGAAGAAGCAGAUGAGGCAAUUAAGGAAAAACAAGAACAAGUGAGAAAAGAGAGGGUACAGGAUUGUGAAAAAAUUGUAAGAUAUUUGUUGGAAGUUGGUUCUGAUGUAAAUGCACCAAGUCGUAACGUUGAACAUGUUUCAGUGGAAAGAGAAGGAGUUUCUGAAGAUGAUUAUGAAGUCAAUGAUCCUCGAAGCGAUAGAUAUAUUCCAAGCACUAGAAAUGUGUGGAUCAUUUCUACAGCAUUACAUACUGCAAUUAUUAAGAAAUGUGAGCGACUUGUCAAGUUAUUGAUGGCUCAUGGAGCUGACACACGAAUUCCUUAUCAGGAGGACAAGCAAAAUACAUCAUGUUUAGACUUGACCAAACAGCAAGAACCUUUCUUUUCAUUAAUUAAGAAUGCAUUCUACUGGACUCCAGAAAGCCAUGAGUUUUUACCAUCUGAAUUGAGAACCAAGAUCAAACUUUUGCACAUGUGUAUGUGUAGCUCAAAAUGUGGUUGGAAUGUUUUGAAUAUUGAUCUAUUGGGCUUGAUUUACACCUUUGUGUGUCAUGAAUACUUUUUCGAAAAGAAUGCAGUAUUUGAGGAACAACGUAGAAUUGAAAAGCAAAAAUCUCAUCGUUGGUACUGA